CCUACUCGCGAACAGCUGUUGUUGUGCAAUAAUCAGGUACUUAGAGCAUACUUUCCUUCUUAAUAAGCGGCGAAACAAAAGUUGAGAAUCGAGCGACCUUGAAGAGCAAACUAUAUUUGGCACCAACACUUAAAAUCUUAUUGAAUUUCACAACAAUUCAUAGGAUGGGCAAAAACUAUUAUCAGAUUUUAGGCAUUAACAGGACGGCAAACGAUGAUGAAAUCAAAAAAGGUUAUAAGCGAAUGGCCCUUAAGUAUCAUCCAGAUAAGAACGACCACCCACAGGCUGCGGAACAUUUCCAAGAGAUUGCCGCCGCAUUCGAGGUACUGUCAAACAAGGAAAAACGCCUGAUAUAUGACCAAUAUGGAGAAGAUGGCCUUAAAAACGGCGUUGAGCAAACGCCUUUUGCACAACCAACAGCGGAUAUGCUGCCGUUUAUGUGUGCCGUUGGGGGGACUGUUUUGUUUGCUUUCGCUGCAUUCAAGACAUUCCAAUAUUUCACAAAAAAAAAGGAUUCUGGAGAACACGAAAGUGACUCGUCUUCGGAAUGAGAAAUUUAAUAUUUUCGAAUUUACGCGCUUGUAUCUCUAGCAUGUUAUAAAAUUGUUAAAUUGUAUUGUGUAAAUUUCUUUCUUGUGGAAAGUGAAUAGUCCAUAAAAUGACUAACUAUUUUCGAAUUUAGAUGCUUGCGUGUCUUUAUUAAUAAAUUCUUUGAAAUGUA